GCGGAACGCCUUGUCAAAGUCGUCUACCCAUGACAAGAUGAACGUGAUUGGUGCCUGUUUCACUUUUUCCGCACGAAGCUGGAAAGAGCUCAACUUCAAGGUUUUCAAAUGAGCCCCUCCUAAGCAUUCCAAGCCAAAACCAACUUCCAUAAACGACAAUGCCUGCCCUAGUUGCCUUCAACCGCCGCUGGCAGAUUGGCAGUGAUGAUCUGGUCUUCCCAUUCACUGCUGGUUUGAUGGCCAGAUUUGCCUGGUUCAUUGUGGUCUGCUCAAUUUAUGGAGUUUACCACAAAGACCUCAAAGAAUGUCACUCCCAGAUUGCUUUGCAAACUUUCUUUAUUGGUGUCAUCAUUGUAGCAUGCCUUGUCAUGGGAAAUGAGGUUGCGAUAAUCUGGACAAGCAUGCAAGGAACAAUUAUGAACACCAGACCACGUCAGCGAAUCCCCAUACUUCUUUACAUCCAACUUGCCCUGUAUGUGCCAGAAAUUGCACUGUCCAUACUUGGUAUAUACUGGGCUUUCCAUAGUAGCACUGGGUGUGAAUUGGGUGUGGUGGUUCCAGUACAGAUCACUGUGGUACUGCAGUGGCUGAUUCUGUUGUCUGUAUUUGCUGCUGCGGCCAUGUUUUUUGACCCACUUGGAGCUCUUCACAAGCAAGAUCGCAGUAUUGAACAAUCAAGCAAGUUGUGGGAGAGGAGAUGUCGUCUGCUGUGCUGUUGCUUUGCUGGCAAUGAUCAGCAAUACAUGAACGCCAUAUCACAAAUUGCGGAGAUGUUUGCAUCUGAGUUGCAUGGCGUUGACGCUGUUCCAUCAGACGUGGCUGUUGGCCUGAUUCUUUUGCAGCAACAGCAAGAGAUUGAAUCAAGAGGAAAGCCAUGGUACUCUGGUACUCCAGUUGACCUGAGCAAGGAUGAGGAGAGAUCCCGUAUUGAUGCUGCAGCUUAUUUUAUGCGCUACUCCGUUGGCUCUUAUGGUUGGCCCAUGUAUGUCUUCAUGAAUCCAUGCUGUGGGCCAUGCAGUCUCUGUCAAAAAGCCAGAUGCAGUGCUUGUUGCUAUCCUGCUAACUCAUUGGCCCACAUCAUUAAGGACAACUGCUGUAUGUGUAACACAGCCGCCAUUCAUCUACAGACGGAGCUACGAAACGAGGAUUUGUUUUACUGUUCGUACCACAAUAAGCUGUACGAGAUUCCAUUCUACGUUGCGCUAGACCGUGAUAAGAAGACAGUUGUGGUGUCCAUCCGGGGAACUCUUUCCAUGAAGGAUACAUUGACAGACCUGACAGGCCACGGAGAGGACAUACAUAUCGAGGGACUAGACGGUGGUAUGGCGCACAAGGGUAUGUAUUUGAGCGCUACUUACAUCAAGGGUCAACUGAUAGACCAUGGAAUAUUGCAAGAGGCUUUCGACGAGGCGGCGAAAACUGGAGAAAGCUACCGUCUGGUGGUGGUGGGUCACUCACUCGGUGCCGGUACAGCCUCAGUGCUCUCCGUCCUUCUCAAGCCCAUGUACCCCGACCUGCAGUGUUUCGCGUACUCGAACCCAAGUUGCCUGAACGAGUCAGCGUGCACCCGGACAGAGGACUACAUCAUGUCUGUUAUCGUCGGCAAAGACGUCGUGCCGAGAAUGGGCGUAAAAAAUCUCAACACUCUCAAGCGUGACUUGGAGACCGUGAUAAUGAGAUGCAAUCAACCAAAGUAUCGCGUGCUCAUAUCAGGCUGCUGGCGAGCCCUCUGUUUCUUACUCGACAAGAGAAGCAAUGGACAAACCGAAGGUGAACAAGUCAUUCCUGUUAAACCAGACAGUCAAGCUCCAGACCCCACAAAACCUAACACUCUAAGAGAACCUUUGCUAGGUGAGCGACAACCUCUGAACUCCGAGGGCUCAGCUUCGUAUGUAGAGGAGGGACUGGGCAGCCUCGCUGAGAGAGAGCCUGGUACUAGUGACGUCACGAAUGGAAAGUCACUUGUUCAGCUUUACCCCGCGGGCAAGAUUCUGCAAAUCAACGAGCUUCCCCAAAACAGGUUCGACCUGCUGUGGGCGAAUCGCCAGAUGUUUCAGCGGGUGCUGAUUAGUCACACGAUGCUAAAGGACCACUUUCCUGACGUGGUGCUCAAAGAUCUGACCGAGAUCGCUAAAAGAGCCUGAGCCUAAGUGAUGACUAGCGCAAGGCGUUCCUCGUUCAAGUCGAAAAAGACUCAGCCCAAGUCAUUGCUAUACUCUAGGCGUUCCUUGACAACACGGGAAGGAUUUAGGUUUACCGUUAGGAUUAAGGGCGCGUUUUUUUACUCGUGAUUCCGGAAUGAGAAUGAUUAGAAUAGAAAAAGCGCGCGUUCGUUUAUUCCACGUUCCUAUAUCGUAAUGGAAUGAAGGUCAUUCCACCUGUUCUACCCUACCUGUAGCAGAAUGACUCGAAUUCCAUUCUGAACAUUCUCUACCAACCAUUCCCAUUCCAGAAAGAUAGGAAAAAAAACGCGCCCUAAGACUAGAAAUAUAGUUCCGGUUCUCAGUCCGAGUAAAUUAAACAAGUGUACUUAAUCUUUAACGUUUUAUGUCCAAAGGAGAUAGAUCAACUAGAUUUUGUAGAUAAGAAAAUGUAGCCUACGUGCUUUUUGUACAUGUAAAUUAGUUUGAAUUUGUGUCACCAAAAGGCGUAGAAUCAAAGCCGGACCAUACGCUGAAACCAGCCUACUCUUUGUUGUUCCCUGUUCCCUCAUAGAUGAGCCGUGAGGAAGCGUUUGGGUUUCCUGUGUCGACAACCACAGGAUACCCGGUCAGAACACCAGGGACUGCGUCAAACGCGAAUUCUGAAAUCCAGAAUAAUUUUCCCAAAGCCACAAAUAGUGCACGAGCUGCGUCUGUCCAGGAACAACCACUCCAGGGAUUGGUUUCACACCAUAAAUAAUCCCAUACUAGUCUCGGGCGCUCUUACCUGGUUUCCUGUCCUUGGAGAUAACCGUAAGACAACUUGGGGUCUGGGACGAGCUCACCCAUUUCCUUUUUAGAAACCACAGGGAGUUCAAUCAAAAACUCGGGUAAGAACGCCCGCGACUGGGCAGAAAUCACAACUGCCAAAGCAAUACAAUUGCACUCCCUUAAAUGGUAAAACGAAUCGUGCGUUUGUUGUGUCAACAUGUGUUAAACAAAUAAUAGAUAAUAAAAAAGAAGUGAUAAGAUGCAA